AUGUCCUCCGACCAAACAAUUGAGGUCGACGUGCCGCUCAACGACAUCUCGUCGUCAAAAGGCUCAUCGACGCCUGUCCCGCCGCCAUACACACCGACGUCGAACGCAUUCGUGCCCUCGUCGUCGACCGCCCCUCCCGCGUCCUCCGCGAGCGCGCCUUCGUCUUCGACCGCGCUGCCACCGCUUCCAGGUCUGGGUGCGGCGCAGAACGCGCGCUCGGUCGGCGGCGAUCAGAUCCAGGAUCGUCGGUUCGCGGGCGGAGAUACCCUUGAUGAGCCCGUGUUGGAGACCCUGAUGCGCGAUGUGCGCGCGGUCGGCAGACGAGUGAAGCAGGUUCUGCAUCCGAAGGUGAACGCGAACGUUGAUGUCGAGACCGGCCAGAUCGUUCGGGAUUGGGAUCUAUGGGGACCUCUGGUGUUCUGCCUCUUCGUCUCUCUCUUCCUCUCCAUCGCCGCGCCCGCAAACCAAUCCACCGCCGUCUUCUCCGGCGUCUUUGCCUUCAUCUGGAUCGCCGAGGCCUUCGUCACGCUCAACAUGAAACUGCUCGGCGGCUCAAUAUCCUUCUUCCACGCCGUCUGCAUCCUCGGCUACGCUCUUUUCCCGCUCGUGCCUGCCUCGAUCUUCGCCCUCGCUGUCAAGUCUAUGAUUAUCAGAUUACCGAUCGCCAUCGCGCUUGUGGCGUGGUCGCUUUUCGCGUCGAUGAGAACGUUGAAGGGAGCGGGUGUUCGUGAGGGAAGGGUCGUGUUGGCUAUGUACCCUGUCUGGCUGUUUUACGGAUGGCUGGGCUGGUUGUGCGUCAUCACCUAG